GCAUGAAUGUAUUAUGUCAGGUGUGAUUGUGCUUCAAAAAUGGCUGCGGGAACUGUGCCAGCUUCGUUUUCUAGCUUCAGGAAACGCGAUUCUGGUUUGGGGUUUGGGAAAAGUAUUGAUUUUGUGAGAGUUUCUGAUUUGAAAAGAAUGAAUUCUGCAAGGACAAAAGUGUCAAUUAUCAGAAACUCAAAUUCUGGUCAGGAUAUUGCUGAACUUCAACCUGCAUCCAAAGGGAGUCAACUUUUAGUUCCUAGGCAAAAGUAUUGUGAAUCAUUGCACAAAACUGUGAGGAGGAAAACAAGGACAGUGACGGUUGGCGACGUGACUAUUGGUAGUGAGCAUCCCAUAAGAAUUCAGACCAUGACUACGACCGACACUAAGGAUGUUGCUGGGACAGUUGAACAGGUGAUGAAAAUUGCAGAUAAAGGAGCUGAUAUCGUUAGGAUAACUGUUCAAGGGAAGAAAGAAGCUGAUGCAUGUUUCGAGAUUAAAAACUCACUUGUGCAGAAAAACUACAACAUACCAUUGGUGGCUGACAUUCAUUUUGCUCCUACUGUUGCUUUGCGAGUAGCUGAAUGCUUUGAUAAGAUUCGGGUCAACCCUGGAAAUUUCGCUGACAGACGAGCUCAGUUUGAAAUAUUAGAGUACACCGAAGACGACUAUCAGAAAGAACUUGAGCAUAUCGAACAGGUUUUCACACCAUUAGUUGAAAAGUGUAAGAAAUACGGGAGAGCAAUGCGCAUUGGGACAAACCACGGCAGUCUUUCUGAUCGUAUAAUGAGCUACUACGGAGAUUCUCCUAGGGGAAUGGUGGAAUCUGCUUUUGAAUUUGCAAGGAUAUGCCGAAAGUUGGACUACCACAAUUUCGUCUUUUCGAUGAAAGCAAGCAACCCUGUCGUCAUGGUUCAAGCAUACCGCUUACUGGUGGCUGAAAUGUAUGUCCAAGGCUGGGAUUAUCCGUUACACUUGGGAGUUACUGAAGCUGGAGAAGGUGAAGAUGGUAGGAUGAAAUCUGCAAUCGGCAUUGGAACUCUUCUUCAGGAUGGAUUGGGCGAUACAAUUAGAGUUUCCCUCACAGAACCACCAGAGGAGGAGAUAGAUCCAUGCACAAGGUUGGCAAACCUUGGAAUGAGAGCAGCUGAACUCCAAAAAGGAGUGGCACCUUUUGAAGAAAAGCACAGACAUUAUUUUGACUUCCAGCGCCGUACUGGUCAAUUGCCAGUGCAAAAAGAGGGGGAGGAGGUGGAUUAUAGAGGUACUCUCCACCGGGACGGAUCUGUUCUCAUGUCAGUCUCAUUGGAUCAGUUAAAGAUGCCAGAGCUUCUCUACAAGUCACUUGCUGCAAAACUGGUUGUUGGCAUGCCAUUUAAGGAUCUGGCAACAGUAGAUUCGAUCUUAGUGCGGGAACUUCCUCCAGUAGAUGAUGUGGAUGCUCGGCUAGCUCUAAAACGACUGAUCGAUAUUAGUAUGGGAGUUAUAACCCCUUUGUCAGAGCAGCUAACAAAGCCAUUACCAAACGCCUUGGUUCUGGUCAACCUUAAGGAGCUAUCUACCGGAGCUGAUAAGCUUUUGCCACAAGGCACACGCUUAGUUGUGUCAGUACGCGGUGAUGAGCCUUAUGAAGAGCUGGAAAUUCUCAAAGAUGUUGAUGCUACUAUGCUUCUCCAUGAUCUGCCUUAUACAGAAGACAGAGUUAGUAGAGUGCACGCGGCUAGGCGGUUAUUUGAGUACCUUUCAGACAGUUCUCUGAACUUUCCUGUCAUUCACCACAUUCAAUUUCCAAAUGGGAUUCACAGGGAUGACUUAGUGAUUGGUGCCGGCUCGCAUGCCGGAGCCCUUCUUGUUGACGGGCUUGGAGACGGUCUUCUUUUAGAGGCCGCAGACAAAGAUUUCGACUUCCUUAGAAAUACAUCUUUCAAUUUGCUGCAAGGCUGCAGAAUGAGAAAUACCAAAACAGAGUACGUUUCAUGCCCAUCGUGUGGCAGAACCUUGUUUGAUCUUCAAGUAAUAAGCGCAGAAAUCCGGGAGAAGACAUCGCACCUCCCUGGUGUUUCGAUUGCAAUCAUGGGAUGCAUUGUAAAUGGUCCGGGAGAGAUGGCUGAUGCAGACUUUGGGUAUGUGGGAGGUGCUCCUGGGAAGAUUGACCUCUAUGUUGGGAAGACUGUGGUGAAGCGAGGGAUUGCGAUGGAGCAAGCGACCGAUGCCUUGAUCGAUCUAAUAAAAGAGCAUGGACGUUGGGUAGACCCUCCUGUAGAGGAGUAAAAGCUACAUCUCAAUGUUCUGAUUAGCCACCAAUAAGGUCCUGUCACAAGGGACGUUGGGUGGAUCCUCUAGGAUGAUCAAUGUAUUUAAUAUGUUAUAUGAACCUCAGAAAGUUUUAUUUGCAAUUUUCAACUUAGUUGGAAAAUGCUGAAAUUUUCUUUUUACAAAGAUCACAAAUAAAGUAUUAGAGUGGAAAAUUCUUCAGCUGAAUCAUGUAUACAAUAAAAAGUGCAUUGCUUUGCCCCCAUCAAUGAUGAUAAUAUUAUUAUAGAGAAA